CCUGACAGCACUCUCAUCCACCACAACACAGCUUCCGAAUCAUCGAACCAUCUCGCCUGACACUUGAUCGAGCUUCACCACCACUCUCAUCAACACCAUCCGCCACGAUGGCGGCCAUGUUCAACUCGGCAGCUCUCUCCAACGAACCCGGCUUCUCCUUCGCAUCAACACCACAAUCGCAGCACUCUGCACCGAAACAACAUGGUUUCUACCCCUACACCGACAAUGGCGGCUCCACCCUCGGAAUCAGCGGUAGCGACUUCACCAUCCUCGCCGGCGACACACGCAGCACUUCCGGCUACAACAUCAACACCCGCUACGCCCCCAAACUCUUCAAAAUCGGCGGCGAAGGUCCCGAUCAAACCGGCGCCCGCAUCGUCCUCUCCGUCGUAGGUUUCGCCGCCGACGGCCACGCCCUGAAAGAGCGCCUCGACACCGUCGUCAAGAUGUACAAAUACCAGCACGGCAAGGACAUGCCCGUCCACGCCUGCGCUCAACGCCUAUCCCAUAUCCUCUACGGCAAGCGCUUCUUCCCGUUCUACGUCACGGCGAUUCUCGGGGGUAUCGACGAUGAGGGCAAGGGAGCGCUGUACAGCUACGAUCCCGUGGGCAGCUACGAGCGGGAACAAUGUCGUGCGGCGGGUGCGGCGGCGAGUCUGAUUAUGCCGUUCUUGGACAAUCAGGUCAAUUUGAAGAAUCAGACGGAUCCGGCGCAGCCGCAAGGGUUGGAGAAGGUGGGACUUGUGCCAAAGCCGUUGAGCAGGGAGCAUGUGGAGGAGCUGGUGAGAGAUGCGUUUACGAGCGCAGUGGAGAGGCAUAUUGAGGUGGGUGAUGGGUUGCAGUUGAUGGUGAUUACGAAGGAGGGGGUGGUGGAGACGUAUUCGGAGUUGAAGAAGGAUUGAAGGGGUGGCACUGAGGACUGCGCAGGAUGUACAAUGAGACGGUGGAGGAGGGUUUUCAUGCUGCUGCUCUCGCUGUCUACCGUGCUGGGCGGCAUAGCGCGCACACGGGGUUCGAGAUGCCGCAAGUUGCAGCAACGAGCAUAUGAUGCGGCAGCCGGGUGCUUACUGCAAGAUUGAAG